GCUCAAAGUCAACAGAAAAUUGUAAAAUGUAAAUUGUAAAAUCUAGAAAAACAAAUGUUUGGCAAAAUAGAACACGGUACAAACAGAAACUACAAAGUGUAAUUUCGGUCAACCCACCACGUGUUUUAUAAGAUUUUUAAAUACGGCCAUAUCAGCAACUGAAUAAUUUACUGAAUAAUAUGGUUGUUUUCACUUGCGGCCAUUGCGGAGAAUCAGUACAGAAGCCUAAAGUUGAAAAACAUUAUCUAACAAAAUGCCGGAACAAAAAUCCGAAUUUAUCCUGCAUGGAUUGUUUCAAAGACUUUCUAGGGGAUGACUAUGAGUCUCACAUAAAAUGUAUAACUGAAGAGGAACGUUAUUCUGGCAAAGGGUUUCAGGCUAAAGAGAAAAAAGGCGAAAAAAAACAAAACGCAUGGGUCGAAAUGCUGCAGUCUGUCCUUGAUGAACAAAAAAACGCUUCUAAAAAUGUCUUACGUAUUAUAGAAACAAUUGGCAAACACAAUAACACACCAAGGAAGAAGCCCAAGUUUAUUAAUUUUGUUAAGAAUGUUUGUGGUCAAAAAACAAAUCAAAAGGAUAUUGAUGCUGCAUGGGAUUUGAUUUCAGUAAAGCUUGGAGAGUUGGCGAACCUCAAUUCAAAUAAUAAAAACAACAAAGAAACAAAAGACACAAAUGGUGCGCACAAUACAGAGACAAAUGGACUACCACCAGAAAAUGAUGAAAAAAUAGCCAAUGGCGUAACUAAUGGUGAUGAGCAUAAUGGGAUUAAUGGUGGAAAUAACAAUGAAGUAGUGAAUGGUGCUGCGAAAGAUGACACCAAGCUAACAAAGAAACAAAAAAAGGAGGAAAAGAAACGCAAGAAGUAUGAAGCCGAGCUACAGAGUGCAGAAGCUCCACGGGCACCAACUCCUGAAGCUGUGGAAAAUAUUCCAGAAACCAACAAGAAGGGUAAAAAGAAUAGAAACAAAUCAGAAUCUGGAAGUGAAAAUGUGCCAAUCGAAGGUAAAAACAAGAAGAAGCGCAAGAGACAGGACACUGUGACAAACUUAGAAGUAACUGAGAGUGUUGAGAAUGUUGAGAAUGGGGUUGCUAAAGUUAAGGAGACUAAGAAAAAAUUGAAAACUGACGAAGAAGGGGACGAAAGUGUUUGCCUCCAUGACCAAAAUGUAGCCAAAAUUGAGGAGACUGCAGAAAGUAAUGGUAAAUUUAACUGGCAUGAUGUAAUCAUUUCUGCCUUGAAAAAGAAAGAUAAUGAACUUCCAUUUAAAAGACUGCAAAAGAAAGUUUUGGGUGAAUACAGUGAGUUCACUGGAUGUGAUAUUGACGACAGAAUUGCCGAUAAAUUUAUAAAAAAAUUGAAAAGCGCACCAAAUGUCAGGGUUGAUAAAAACAGGGUGACUCUAGUCGAGGAAUAAAUUAAGUGUAAUUAAUAUACUUUGUGAAAAUUUAACAAUGUUAUAUUUCACUAUUUGAAUACAUAUGCUAAUUAUGUAA